AUGGGUUAAAUGUGCUGCACUAGCAGACCACCAGAAGAUUUGAUGAGUCCAACCGAGGCUAUCAGAUCAGACUCGAUGGUGAAACCUAUGACCUCCCAGAAUAACAAGUACAGACCCCGCUCAUUCAAAAAGAACAAGGCUAUGGCUAAGUCUUUUGUGAACUUGACUAAUCAAACCACAGAAGUUAAUAUAAGCAAGAUUUUGAAUUAAAACACUUUUGAUGGUGAGCCUAGUUUCUUGAAUUAAACAGUGGGAGCAGAGCUAACAUCUGUGAUGAAGGAGUAGCUUUAUUUCGAGGAGCAGUAAAGGAAAGAUAAAGAGCGCAAAGAACUGAUCCAUCGAUGCAGGAGUAACACUAGAACUAUGAAGACCUUGAUAAGGGUGUAAGCAAUCGUCAGAGGAAUCAUCACUAGAAAAAAGAUUUACAAGCAGUAUAAGUUUAGAUCAUUCACAGCUAUAUCUGCUAAGCAAGUAGCCUUUUUCAAUCCUAUCGUGCAUGAUCUCAAGAAAACGCUGCCUGCUUUCGUUUAUGAUGAAACUUAGUUAAAAGAUGAUAUUGAAAGAGAAUUCAAGAAAAUUGUAAAAGACGAUGAAUCUAUGUAUGAUGGUUAGGUUAACUCAAGUACUGGAUUGAGGGACGGUAGAGGAACUCAAACCUGGGUGGACGGCUCUUACUAUGAGGGCUACUGGAAAAAUGGCAAAUCACAUGGAAGGGGAAGAUUGAUUCAUUCAGUUGGUGACGUCUACGAGGGUCUAUGGGUCAAUGACAUGGCGAAUGGCAAAGGAAAGUUAGUUAUAUACGAAGGGCCUGUCUACGUAGGCGAUUUUUUGAAUGAUUAGCAAACUGGAAAAGGUAUAGAGACAUUACCAUCAGGUGAUUAUUAUGAGGGUAGUUUUGUGAAUGGUGCCAAGGAAGGCCAAGGUGUGUUCAAGUGGGUAGAUGGCUCUAUGUAUUCAGGCCAAUUCAAGUAAAACAUGAUUCAUGGAUACGGGAAGUACACAUGGGCUGACGGAAGAUGCUACCAAGGCUAUUGGAUUAAAGGUAAGAUGCAUGGCAAGGGUGUUUUCACUUGGCUUGACGGAAGAAAGUACGAGGGAGAAUACUAUGAUGACAAGAAGCAUGGCAAGGGUACUUUCUCAUGGCCAGAUGGCAAGAAAUAUCAAGGAGACUGGCUCUACGGAUAACAACAUGGAUUUGGAUUUUAUUGGGCAUCAAGAGACAGUGAUAAGAGAAAGGGUGAAUGGAUAAAUGGUAAGAGAGUAAGAUGGUGUGAGGAAAAUUACUGA